AUGCGCUUUCUGUACCAUAAAACCGUCUUUUAUAUUGUCUUGUUGGUUACGGUUGUCUUGUCGUUUACGCCUGAUACAUCCUCGUAUGAUGCUUAUGGUCUCAAAAUCGCCGCCAACGACGUGCUCUUCGUCCAAUCAAAUCCUCCUCACGGUUUGUUUCGUAUUUUUCCUCCUUUCAAUGCCUGGAGCAUUUGUACAGUUAACUAUGAAGACGUGAGUCAGUACAUCUAUGCUGUGGCAGUCGCUCGACAAACGACACUUAAUGAUGCUAUUCGAUUCGUCUUCAUCGGUGUGAACACUACAGAUGUACCAUUCAUGGGUUCAUUGACAUAUGUAGAUACCAGCGGAGUUGGUAAUACAUCCACUACAAUGACGAUAGAAGAUUUCGUGUUUGCUUGUGAUGGAUGGAACAACAGUGACUACAAGAUACAUACUAUUGAUCAGUUUCUGUAUGAUACCGAUAAUGCAAAUGACAACCACCUUGACUUCUUCGUUGUCGCUGUGGAGUGA